GAAGAGUAGGCAGGACUUUGGAGCAUGCAGGGUAUAGACUGAGACAGAGCCAAAAGGUGUCAAAAGCCUGAGGAAGAUUGUUAAUGGAACGUGAGAAAGGAUGAAAACGGAAGUAAGAUUUGCAGUGGUGUUUUAAAAGUUUGGAGAGAGAAUUUUCAUACUUUGUGGGAUCCAUUAAGCACCCAUUUGUCAAGGAAGUGGAAUGGAAAGGCUUCUGUCUAAGGAUGUAAAGUGAGAAACUGCAAACUGUGUACCUUAAUGGACUCUCCAGUCCUACACAGUCUUAAAGUUAGUGAAGACUCAUCAUAAUGCUGAGGUAAAGCUGGGGUAGCUGGAUUAUAACUAUGGGUAACGCAGCAUCAUGUAAACCAUGUGGAUCAGGCAGCGAUUUAAAGACCAAAGAGGGUGACGGAGACUCUGACCAACACUCUGACUACUACAAGGUUGCUGACUCUGGAUCUGACGUGGAAGAUAUCCUGUCUGACAGUAGCACCAGUUUUCUUCGAGCUGCACGAGCGGGGAACACUGACAAAGUCCUGGAAUUCCUCAGAAAUGGAGUUGACAUCAGCACCUGCAACCAGAAUGGUCUCAAUGCAUUACACCUGGCAGCCAAAGAGGGCCACAAGGAUUUAGUGGAGGAACUGUUGCAGAGAGGAGCACCUGUCGAUUCAUCCACCAAGAAAGGAAACACUGCUUUGCACAUUGCCUCAUUGGCUGGUCAAAAAGAAGUAGUCAGACUUUUGGUUAACCGAGCGGCAAAUAUCAACGCUCAGUCCCAGAAUGGCUUCACUCCACUCUACAUGGCAGCCCAGGAAAACCAUUUGGAGGUGGUGCGAUACCUGCUGGAAAAUGAAGGAAACCAAAGCAUUGCAACAGAAGACGGCUUCACUCCUCUUGCCAUUGCCCUCCAGCAGGGCCACAACUCUGUUGUCUCCUUGCUUUUGGAGCAUGACACCAAGGGUAAGGUCCGCCUGCCAGCCCUGCACAUAGCGGCCCGUAAAGACGACACCAAGUCUGCUGCGCUCCUACUCCAGAACGACCACAACGCUGAUGUCCAGUCUAAGAUGAUGGUCAAUAGAACCACAGAGAAUGGGAAGAGUGGUUUCACCCCUCUACACAUCGCUGCUCACUACGGUAACGUGAACGUCUCCACCCUGUUGCUGAACAGAGGAGCUGCUGUUGACUUCACGGCCCGGAAUGGGAUAACACCUCUUCAUGUGGCUUCCAAGAGAGGCAACACCAACAUGGUGGCUCUGCUGUUGGAUCGAGGGGCUCAAAUAGAUGCUAAAACAAGGGAUGGUUUGACACCACUGCACUGUGCAGCCAGGAGUGGACAUGACCCGGCAGUGGAGCUUCUUUUGGAAAGAGGAGCUCCCAUUUUAGCAAGAACCAAGAAUGGACUGUCCCCGUUACACAUGUCAGCCCAGGGAGACCACAUCGAGUGUGUGAAACUCCUGCUGCAACACACGGCUCCUGUUGAUGACAUUACUCUCGACUACCUCACUGCGCUGCACGUCGCAGCUCACUGUGGUCACUACAGAGUCACCAAGCUCCUCCUGGACAAGAAGGCCAAUCCUAAUGCCAGAGCACUGAAUGGAUUCACUCCUCUUCACAUUGCUUGUAAGAAGAACAGAGUGAAGGUGAUGGAGCUGCUAAUUAAAUAUGGUGCCUCCAUCCAGGCAAUCACUGAGUCUGGUUUGACUCCCAUUCACGUAGCAGCUUUCAUGGGCCACCUCAACAUCGUUCUGCUGCUGCUGCAGAAUGGAGCCUCUCCUGAUGUUCGCAACAUCCGUGGUGAGACAGCUCUCCACAUGGCAGCUCGGGCAGGUCAGAUGGAAGUGGUUCGCUGUUUGUUGAGAAAUGGAGCGUUGGUGGAUGCCAUGGCCAGGGAGGAUCAGACUCCCCUCCACAUUGCCUCCCGUUUGGGGAAAACUGAUAUUGUCCAGCUGCUGCUGCAGCAUAUGGCCCACCCGGAUGCUGCCACCACCAACGGCUACACUCCUCUUCACAUUUCAGCCAGAGAGGGUCAAGUAGAAACUGCUGCAGUGCUUCUUGAAGCUGGAGCCUCUCAUUCACUGGCCACCAAGAAAGGAUUCACUCCCCUACAUGUAGCAGCAAAAUAUGGAAGUCUUGAUGUAGCUAAACUUCUCCUUCAACGCAGAGCUAUUCCAGAUGAUGCUGGCAAGAAUGGCCUAACUCCACUACAUGUAGCAGCUCAUUAUGACAACCAGGAUGUGGCUCUGCUGCUUCUGGAUAAAGGCGCUUCACCUCACGUUACUGCUAAGAACGGCUACACUCCUCUCCACAUUGCAGCUAAAAAGAACCAGACAAACAUUGCUUUAGCGCUGCUGCAGUAUGGUGCAGAGACCAACGUCCUAACCAAGCAGGGAGUCAGCCCCCUGCACCUGGCAGCCCAGGAAGGACACGCUGAAAUGGUCAGCUUGCUGCUGCGCAAGGGAGCCCACGUCAACACAGCCACCAAGAAUGGACUGACUCCUUUGCAUCUCACAGCCCAAGAAGACCGGGUGAAUGCAGCAGAAGUGCUAACCAAACAUGAUGCUACCUUGGACCAGCAAACUAAACUUGGAUACACUCCUCUGAUUGUGGCAUGUCACUAUGGAAAUGUCAAGAUGGUUAACUUCCUGCUACAGCAAGGGGCCAGCGUCAACACCAAGACCAAGAAUGGUUACACACCACUACAUCAGGCAGCACAGCAAGGAAAUACACACAUAGUCAAUGUUUUGCUGGAGCACGGGGCCAAACCUAACACUACCACAAUGAAUGGGAACACUGCUCUGUCAAUCGCCAAACGCCUCGGCUACAUCUCAGUGGUGGACACUCUGAAAGUUGUCACUGAGGAGGUCAUCACCACUACGACGAUGGUGACAGAGAAACACAAACUCAAUGUUCCAGAGACCAUGACUGAGAUCCUUGAUGUGUCGGAUGAAGAAGCUCUGAAAGUGGAGGAUGAACCGUUGUCUGAGAUGUCUGUGGCACUGGAAGGCGAGGACACGAUGACAGGUGAUGGAGGAGAGUACCUGAGAGCAGAGGACCUCCGAGAGCUGGGAGACGACUCCCUGCCGGGACAUUACCUGGACGGUUUCAGCUACAUGAGCCAUAACCUGGACAGGCCUCAGCACACUCCUGUUCACCAGAGCUUUCACCAGAGAGAGGGGGUUCUCAUUGAAGACAUACUGACAAGCCAGCAGGUGUCAGCACUGUCUCGAGAGCAUGACAAGGAAAAUUUCCGACUGAGCUGGGGUGCUGAACAUCUCGAUAAUGUUGUGCUGUCCUCUACUCUGCUGCAUUCUGGCCGUUCCUCUCCAUGCCUAGAUCAGGACAACAGCAGCUUCCUGGUCAGCUUCAUGGUGGAUGCCAGAGGUGGAGCGAUGCGGGGUUGUCGUCACAACGGCCUGAGGAUCAUUGUACCCCCAAGAAAGUGUUCUGCGCCCACACGGGUCACAUGCAGGCUGGUGAAGAGACACCGUUUGGCAUCGAUGCCCCCCAUGGUGGAGGGUGAGGGGCUUGCUGGUCGUAUCAUAGAGGUGGGGCCCACCGGAGCUCAAUUCUUGGGUAAGCUGCACCUUCCUACGGCUCCCCCUCCUCUGAAUGAGGGCGAGAGCCUGGUCAGUCGCAUCCUGCAGCUGGGUCCUCCAGGAACAAAGUUCCUCGGGCCCGUGAUUGUAGAGAUUCCACACUUUGCGGCUCUGCGAGGCACAGAGAGGGAGCUUGUUAUCUUGCGAAGUGAGACCGGAGAGAGCUGGAAAGAACAUCAUUGUGAUUUCACUGAGGAGGAGCUGAACCAGAUACUCAACGGCAUGGAUGAAAAACUUGAUUCACCUGAAGAGCUCGAGAAGAAAAGGAUCUGCCGCAUCAUCACCAGAGACUUCCCCCAGUAUUUCGCUGUGGUCUCGCGGAUAAAGCAGGACAGUCAUCUGAUUGGUCCAGAGGGUGGUGUCCUCAGUAGUAUUCUUGUGCCCCAGGUCCAGGCCGUCUUCCCUGAAGGUGCACUUACCAAGAAGAUUCGAGUAGGGCUCCAGGCUCAGCCCACCGAUGUUGAUUUGGUGAGGAAGGUUCUUGGUAACAAAGCCAUUUUUAGCCCAAUCGUCACUCUUGAGCCGAGACGGAGAAAGUUCCAUAAACCAAUUACCAUGACAAUCCCAAUUCCCAAGAACUCCAACGCUGACGGGCCCAGCGCCGUGUUCAGUGGGGAGACCCCCACUUUACGGCUGCUUUGUAGUAUUACAGGUGGAACCACUCCUGCCCAAUGGGAGGACAUCACUGGCUCCACACCUCUCACCUUUGUCAACCAAUGUGUUUCCUUCACCACAAAUGUGUCAGCAAGGUUCUGGCUGAUAGACUGCAGACAGGUCCAAGAGUCAGUUAACUUUGCUACUCAGCUGUACAGAGAAAUCAUCUGUGUCCCAUACAUGGCUAAGUUUGUCAUUUUUGCCAAGACGCUGGACCCCAUCGAGGCCCGGCUGCGCUGCUUUUGCAUGACAGACGACAAGAUGGACAAAACUUUAGAACAGCAAGAGAACUUCACAGAAGUGGCCCGCAGCAGAGAUAUUGAGGUCCUGGAGGGAAAGCCUAUUUAUGCCGACUGCUUUGGAAACCUGGUACCUCUUACCAAGAGUGGACAGCACCACGUGUUCAGUUUCUUUGCCUUCAAAGAGAACAGACUGGCGCUCUUUAUUAAAAUCAGAGACACGGCACAGGAGCCAUGUGGUCGCUUGUCUUUCACUAAGGAACCACGCACGUACCGAAGUCUCAAUCACAAUGCAAUCUGCAACCUUAACAUUACUCUGCCAGCAUAUUCAAAGGAGUCUGACUCUGAUCAAGAAGGAGACGAUGAGAGUGAAAGAACAGACAAGAAAUCUGACUGGCAGGAUGAUGCUGACAGAAAAGAGGAGACAUUAGCAAUCAUUGCUGAUCUUCUUGGCUUCAGUUGGACUGAACUAGCCCGAGAACUGGAGUUUGGUGAAGAUGACAUUCAGCAAGUGAGAACAGAGAAUCCAAAUUCUCUACAAGAGCAGAGCCAUGCUCUGCUGCAACGCUGGGUGGAACGAGAAGGCAAACAUGCUACAGAGGACUGUCUGAUUAAGAGACUAACCAAGAUAAACCGCAUGGACAUAGUGCAUCUUAUUGAAACCCAGAUGAACAAGUCCAUUCAAGAACAAACAUCCCGGACAUAUGCAGAGAUAGAAAAGACACUGGAUCACAGUGAAGUCUCAGUAGCUCUUUCUUCGGUGCAGGAGGAUGCUGACAGCCCAAGAAUUGUGAGGAAGGUUGAGUCAGAUCGCAGACCACCCCCGGCUGUUUCUGAAGAAGACCUCUCAGUUGCUUCCCUACUGGAUAUUCCUUCAUGGGCAGAGCCUGCAGGACAAAGCCACUCAGAGAGUGUGCAUGGAGACUUGUUGGAGGAGCUUGAGAUCCCACAUGAAUUGAACCCUAACCUGUGGACCUCUGAAGAUGUACACACACAGGAAACUGCAAGUCAUUACAACUCAGAUGAGCAAAUGUCAUCUGCGUCAUUCAAGACAAAUCUUUCACAAUCCUCACAAGAGAAAAAUGUUGAUUUAGGACAAAGUCAGGGCUUUCAAACUGAGACACCAGUCAUGGCACAAGAUUUAAACAAACUUUCCUCUGCAAAACUAAAACUAAUUGUUCCAGCUACCUUGGACCCAAUUACCACACAAUGUGACUUCAGUUUGAGACAUCAAAGGGGUUCACCACAGGCAAAACAGGAAAAACUCACAUUACCCGAGCAAAAUGAGAGCUCUGAAAUGACUGAAUGCCAUGAUAUGGUUCCAGAACUAGAAGAAGGUUCAAGUGUCCUCUCCAGAAAUUAUUCAAACUCCACUCCACCACCACCAGGAUCUGGUUCUCCCGAGCUGGACCAACUUCUGACAGAUCUGAAGGAGAUGAAACUCAAGUUUAGACCAGAGACACUUGACUCACCUCUGUCAGAGUCCUCCAGUGAGAGCUCUGAAGAUGAGAAAGCAUAUAUGUAUGAUGAACUUUCACCGGAAGAUCAGUCUCCUACAGAAAACUGUGAUAGCAGCACCCGGGUCAGCUGGUCGAAUAUAGAAGGCACUCCUGACGUAACAAGAACAUUGGAGUCAAACCUUGAUAGCCAUAAAAAAAGUUAUGUAAGCAUCAUGAGCCCUACUGAAUCUUUUUCAGUCCCUAAAACUUCUCAGACAUUAACUGAAGAAAAGGAAACAUCACAAAACUCUGGCAUGAUCCAGUCCUACGCAAAGGCUGAGAUUAGUGCUGAAACAUUUCUUUUAGUAUCUGACACACAUGAGACAAAGCAGGCAACUCCUUGUGGGGAAGAUUUUACAAGUAGCACUCAUGUAGACCAAAAGGAACCAUGUUUAUCCUCACAACUGGAUGACUCAAUGGAUAUGACUGAAGAAACAUCUAGAGAGAACAACCAAGAUCAACUUCUAAACAGCAAAACCUUCACUGAGACAAUUUCCUCUCAGUCUGUGUCUGGCUUCACUCCUGAGAUAGUUGAAUCUGCAAAACAUCUCAGCUUCGAAGAGUUGAUACCAUACCACUCCUCUCAGAGUUUGGAGAACUCAUCAGAUAAAGAUAGACCACAGUUCUGUAAACAGUAUUCUGAAGAGAAACUGACUCCAGUUGACGACCAGUGUGUUGCCUCUCAGCUAAAAAGUGAUCUGACUUCAUCAGCUUCUGAUGAGGAGUAUGGCAUCCCGCUUAGGGGUGCAGGAACGACCUCUGAGUCAGACGUCCACACACCUUUAGGGGCAAGACAGAAUGGAGCAGACAGUCCAGAUUUAGAAUAUUCUGACCCAGAGCCUUACUUUGACUGCAAACAAGGAAUGUCUGAUUUCUUCGAGCCUGAGCUUAAUGGACCCGAGACAACCACCAGUUCAAGUCAGGCCCAGGAUCAGCGCAGCCACCUCGGAGCAAAGGAAAAGUCAAAUCAGAAAGUACUGUUGUCUUCUGGAAGUGAGGAUUAUGAAGAUGCUCCUUUACUUCUUGAGUCUCAUCGUCCUGUACAAGAAGAGAGUGAAGAAUCGCAGCAUUACUCAGAGACAUCAGAAGAAGAAUUCACCAUGUGUAGCACUUCACAACUUCCUGGAACACAUGAAACUGUUAAAUCUUUCAGGAGGGAGAUCGCCAAAGAGCUUGGAUCAUUAUCAGAAAGUUCAGAUGAUGAGUUUUUGACCACCAGAGUAAUACGAAGGAGAAUUGUCAUUAAGGCUGAUGAAAUGCUCGACCUCCCUAAUCAGUCAGUGACUGAGGAGAGAUACAGAGAUGAAAAUGGACACAUAGUUGUCAAAAGGGGCCCACAUGCGUAAAGCGUAUACCUUCAGGGUGAAGGGAGACAGGCGGCACAAUCAAGUCGUUGAAGAGCAAGCGGACACCUCCAGUAAAACAUCGACAGCCUGUGAGCUCCAGCAGCAGCUCCACCACCUCUUUCACCGCUGCUUUGAACAAGAACAGAAAGACACUGACGAGGACAAAACGUAGAUAGAAGAGUAGAAGAAUGAGUACCACUCUGCCCCCCUACUCCCCAGCUCUGUCCACGCUAGAGUCCCUGCUAAUCCUAUGCAUUGGCCACAUGCAAUCCCAGUGUGCACCACAGCACCUCAGAGAUACCACAGUCUUCCCAUUUUACAACUGGAAGAUGGCAUUUUGUUCAAAAGAAGAGGUUUUUUUUUUUGUGACUGAUAUUAUGUAUCCAUGAUUGUUUUUAUGUUUUGAUGUUGUUUUGCCUUUUUAUGACCAAAGAAAGCCUUCUGUUGUUUUCCAUUUUGUUUUUUGAAUGUCAAAAUCUUUUUCAUUUUUGUCUUGAAUAUGUGAUAAAUCACCAAGAAAAAAACAAACACAAAGAAAACAAGGACAAUGUUAACAUGUCACUAACAAAGCUCUCAAAGGUUCAAAAAUAUACAAACAAAAUACUUCUACUGUCAUCUAAAUUAGGUGCUCAGAAAAAAAAAGACAGUAUUUCACGUUGCACUCAAAACUAUUUCAUUCACUCACUGUUCUUGCCUUUCUGCUGUUUCUUUUCUUUGAUUCAGGUGGUCAAACAGAAAACCAGACUAUGUUGCCACUAAAUUUAACAGCUGCUGUUGUGUUUCGUGUAGACUGUGUACUCUUGUCUUUGAUAAUUAUAUACAAUCUAUAAUCAGAAAAAGAUGCUGACAUCGGUAGUCUAUAGGAACUAAUAAUUACUCGUGAAGUAGAAGAGGCAUGGCUAAUCAACAUCUGUCAGAUCCCAGCUUUGCUUUGUUGUUUAGUCGGUUAGACUUUGCGUUCCCUCAGUGUGUUUUUCUUAAUUACAUAUAACUACUUUGUUCUUUGGCUUUCUCCAUCGUUUCACUGACUCAUGUUGUAUGAAAGAUGAACGUGUGAAUGUUACUAACCAGGUUAUCGCACUAACUCCAGGUUACAGAGUAUUGUAUCUUUAAGAGAUUGUACUAUGUUUUUGAAGAUGUCAAAUUUUGGAUUUUGUUUAAAAGAUAUUCUCGUGUGCUUUAUUAUUAUUUUUUUUUAUCUUGAAGGAUUUGUCACCGGGUAACAAAAUCAUAUCACAGCUGUUCUACGGAUAUAUUUCCUAGUGAGAAAGCGAGCAGGCACUACCUGUUUUUAGUUUAAUGUGAAAACUUUAUUUGUUCACCUCUUUGUUUGGAAAGUGUUGAACCAGGUGUGUUUGAUGCGUGUCAGAGUGGAAGGCUUGUCUGGGUGUGUGGAGGAAAUAUGUGCGUACUGUUUUUUAUUUUAUUUUUUUUUUUUUGUGAGAAAAGAUUAGAGCUGUUUAUUUUACACAAAUCGCUUUUGCACUCCAGAAUGUCAGGUGAGAACACCUCCAUGCUUUCUGAGCACAGGACAUGAGGUAAACAUUCAACAGCCACAGCGAGGAAGCAGAGGUGAAACAUGGAAGUUAAUAAAAACGCAGAAAAGGGCAAGUUAAGAGCUCAAAUAUGCGGUUGUUCACAGCUUGAUGCACUGUUGCUGUAUGUACUUACAAUGUUUAUUUAUAUCACUUAGCACUGUUUUCUUUGCGAUUUAGAAAAAUGCAAAGUAGUGAAAGUUCACUGUGACAGGUAUGCUUUUAAUUUUCCAAGAUCAGCAUCCCUUUUCUGUGAUGACAGUUAUAUACAUUUACAGCGCAUAUCUAAAUAUCUACAAGGGCAUGUAUUACUGUAUCAAAUUUCAAAAGACAAAAACAAGAUGGCUGCAGUGUAUCUAUGGCUGAUAGAAAAUAAAAGUCUACUAAUGUACA